AUGACCUCCUCCCUCCCGCCGCUCAUCCAGGCCUGUUCGGGCGCGCUCGCCAGUGCGUCCGCCAAUGCUAUCUCCUAUCCGCUAGACCUGGUGGCGACGAGGGUACAGACAACGAGGAAUCCUCAUUUGCACGGUGAGCGCAAAGGCGCAAUGCGCAUCCUUCGGCAUAUCCUGCGCACGCAGGGGCUGUCUGGACUCUACGAAGGUCUCGGAGCAGAUACUGCAUCUACUGUUGUGUCAAACUUCCUAUACUUCUACUUCUACACCCUCCUCCAUGCCAUCGUCGCCAGGCGGCGCGCCCAUUCAUCCGCGCCACUUUUGACUGCACUCAAGCGCGCUCUGACAGCCCCCACUCCACCAGUCCCACUGGGAAUAUCCGCAGAGCUUGCAGUUGGGUUUGUCGCGGGGGUGGCAAGUCGUGCCGUGUCCACACCUCUGAGCGUCAUCACCAUUCGCCUACAAAGCGGCGACGAAGACGACGACGAAGAUAGCACAGCAGCCGCGACGGAGCACAAUGAGAGUGGAAAGCGGGAGGCAGGAGUACCGAGUCCGGUCAAGACGCGCGAGAGCUUGAUGGACGUCGUGAGGAGCGUAUAUGCGGAACAGGGCUUCCGCGGCUUCUGGGCAGGUUUCGCCCCAACCCUUCCUCUCGCACUCACUCCCGCUCUAACGCUGCUCCUCUACCAACUCCUUCGGCAGCUCCGCCUCCCGUCCGUCUCCUCGGUUCGUAGGCCGGCCUACGCCGCAGUUAGAACCUUCAUAGAUGGCGCAUGUGCGAACGCGCUGGCGCUGGCUCUGCUGUACCCGUUGAUUCUGGCGAAGGUGCGCGUGCAAGCAUGGCAUUCGGAUCCUGAUGCCCCUACAAUGCUGGAUAUAUGGCGUGUCGCGCAUGCAACGCGCGGAUGGGCAGGCCUGUACGAUGGGCUGGGAACGCAGCUCGUGAAGGGAUUUGUGAGCCAAGGAGUAACAAUGAUGGUGAAACAGCGGCAAGUUCUUCUGUAA